GGCGGCGGCAAGUUUGGCGGCCGCGAUUACAGAAACAGUUCUCAGUACAACAGUGGGGAUGAUUACAAUUAUACCCAAUAUGCUGAUUCCUAUGCUGCAGACACUUCUAGUGCUUUUCCUUAUGAUGCUACUCCCAACAAUGCCUAUUAUGCUGGUGGAGGUAUUGAUUCUAAUGCUGUUGGUUCACAUGGUUACAACUUUGAUCAGGAAGGUAUCGUAGCUAGUGGUUGGGAAUGAGUGCAUGGUUCGUAUGGUCCUUUUUGUUUAGUCUGGUAUUGGUAUAUAGUAGGUAAUCUAUAGCAGAGAUCGUAAAACGUUAAUGACAGUAUGGAAACAGAGAUGACAAAUAGGAUCCAAACAGUUAACAAGAAGUUAAGUUCACAAACAAAUAGUUAAGGUGGUAGCAUGUUUUUGUUGAGCAGGUGAUCCAUAUUUAGCUUACCCUUUUGACUUGGUGGAAUGACAUUGAUAGUUUUUGCCGGUAGAUUCUUCUGGGAAGAUUGUUCAUCUUGAUGGGAUGUUGUCGUUUGUAAUGAGGAUGCUUACUUGCGUACUUUAAGCUCUUGCUAAUACACAUGCCUAUUUUGUCUCAGCUUCAUCUUGUAUGUUAUCUUUACGUAUUUUGCCUUAUUUCCAGCAAUCUGGAAUAUGGAUGCCAAUAUCAUUGCAGGCCUUUUUUAACCUGUAUUAUGCACUGCAAGAUGCAUGUCUCAUUGGUACUCGUCUUACGAAGUCUCUAGCGUAACGGUAUUCUGUGAAAAUCAUGUUUGUCAAAAGCAUUCUAGGUUGUGGAUACUUUUGAGCAGGUAUUUUUGAAGAUGUGUCUAAUUUGUAGACACAAAGAGGGACUGCGUUCGGGAUUGGUAUUUACUUGGCAUCUACCAAGGAUACACUGUCCUCUCUUCCGGGCUUCCUAAUGUUACAUGGUUUUUUCCUCUUUAUCAUACCAGUUUGAUGAAGAUGUUGCCCAAGCUGUUUUUAGCAGAAUGAGCAUGAAAUUGGUUGGAAGCUUCUCUCAUCAAUUCGGCUCAAUCGAUGGGAAGCUUGAUGUGUGCUUUCUGAAACUUCUUGUUUCAUCAUCUUAUAGCAUUUGAAUGGGUGAUUUACUGAAUCACCAAGUACUUUCACUUUGAAAAUGGUAUUUAAAUUAGUGUUCUGAUAAAUCUCAACCCCGGCCAAAAGUUGUUUUCAUACAUGCGAAGAGAACUUUUUGAGGUGCAUUUUUAACCGGCCAAAUGUUGGAAACAGAAGUCACCUUGAUUUGUUGUCAGUUUUGAGAUAAAAAAAGUUGCACAGGCUUGUAUAUUUUUUUGUCUUUUGUAAAGUUUUUCAACAUUUCAACAAAUUUUUUUUUUUUUUUUUUUUACUUUUUGAAUAAAGGUAUGCUAUAUGUCAAAAAAGGAAAAAAUAGAUAAAUAAUUUGUUACUAAAAAUUUACUAAAGACGCAAAAUUACAAAUGAUGAAAUAGUCAAAAUUGUUGGAGAAGAAAAAGGAGGUGAGUCUUUGGCUAGAAAAUACGAACUUUGCUGCUAGCCCCAAUUUGUGCUUUUAACCAGGGGUGCAAACAAAACGACGUUGGCUCGUGUCAUUAACGUUGAAAAUAAAAGCCCAAAUGUUUGAGUUGGAGCUCAAGCUCGAUUAGUGUUUUAGAAUUCCAGCUCGGUUUGGGUAUUAAAUGAGUCUAAGCAAGGCCAUACGUACGAGUCAAACUUAGGCUAAUUCGAUCUCGACUCGUUUACUAAGUGAGUCGAAAAUUUUGUUCGAGCUCGGCUCAUUCAUAAACAGACUGAGCCAAAUCCUUAAUGAGCCAAAAGUCUAGCCCUUCUUACGAACAAUUCGAUUCGUUUGUAGCCCUACUUUUAACCAUCGCAAAUACUAGGAGACAAACUUUGUUAGGAAAGAAGAUGAGGUAAAAGUUUUUUUUUUUUUAAAAGACAAACUUCUUUAGGGAAGAAAAAUCAGUGUAAUUUUUUAAAACAAUCGCCUAUCAAACACAGAUCGUGCACUGAUCAAUCUGUAGUCCACUUUGGGUGCCACACAAAUGAUUCGAGUUAUUCAUUAAAUUACAAAUGAUUCGAGUUAUUCAUUAAAUUUAAAAUAAUUUUAAGAAUGUGAGUUCAAUCUGCAAUAAUUAGAAACCUCGGUGGCAAUAAAAUGCAAUUUACAUAUAGAUAACAUCAGUUGCAUGUGUAUACAUACUGUAUCUCUCCUGAUUUUUCCUACAUACUUGUAUUUCUUAUAUAUAUAUAUAUAUAGAGAGAGAGAGAGAGAGAGAGAGAGAGAAUUAGGGUUAGGGUUUCUGAUCCAAAUCGGUCGCUAAUUCCUCAGCAAUGGAAGCCAUCACGGAAGGAGUGAACAACAUGAACAUCAGCGGCUUGCAAAAGAAGAACCGCAUUCAAGUCUCCAACUCCAAAAAACCCUUGUUCUUCUACGUUAAUCUCGCCAAGAGGUAUAUGCAGCAGCACAACGAUGUGGAACUUUCUGCGCUGGGCAUGGCUAUCUCCACAGUGGUCUCCAUUGCAGAAAUUCUUAAAAAUAAUGGAUUGGCUGUUGAGAAGAAGAUUAUGACAUCUACUGUCGAUAUGAAGGAUGAAUUACGAGGACGGCCUGUUCAGAAAGCUAAGAUUGAGAUAUUACUGGGGAAGACUGAGAAGUUUGAUGAGUUGAUGGCAGCUGCUAGGGAGGAGAGGGAACUUGGAGAAGGUGAAGAGCAGAAUUGAAUGAGAGGCUCCUCCAAUGGUUUAUCUUCUGCGCUUUGUUUUAGCGAGUCAGUCGUGUGGGCAAAAGCACUUAGACCAGUUGAUUCCUUCUAUGAUAGUUGUCUAUGGUCUUUUGUUCAGAAUGAGUUUUGGUAGCUAUCGAGUGCUAUUUCCUUGGAAUGUAGAAACAAGCACCAUCUUCUACUUGUAUUCAAAUUGGUUAUUUGAUUUUUUUUACCAAA